AUGACGUUGAUCGAGCAGCAACCACAAGUCGAACAAAGUCGACGUCCCGUCCGCAUCGCGAACUGCUCUGGGGCACAAUAUGAUCCAGGAAGACAGAUGCAGAAACAGGCGAGCCUGGGAGAGGUCGAUUUCUUGACAGGGGACUGGCUUGCCGAAAAUAAUCUGGCGCAGGAAGCAGCUGCCAUGUCAUCCGGCACAGGAGAGGGGUUCAAGAUAAAGACGUGGGAUGCACUGCGGCAAAGUAUGGACGUGAUUGCGGAAAAGCGUAUCAAAGUGGUGGUCAAUGGCGGGGGGCUCAACCCAAAAGCAUUGGCCUGGCGUUGUCAAGAAUUGAUCAACAAAAACAACUACAACUUGAAGGUGGCUUUUGUGUCAGGCGACGACCGACUCAGCCAUGUUAGCGCGUCGCUGAAGGAUCACGGAAGCCUUCCUCAGCAUUUCCAUGACGAUGUCAAGAACGCUGGCUUGGCCAAGACAAAGGAGGCUAGGAGUGAUCUUAAGGACAGCGACAUUCUAGCCUCAAAUGCAUACCUGGGAGCCCGGGCCAUUGUAAAGGCUCUCAAGAAUGGCGCGGAUAUCACCAUUUGUGGCCGUGUGGCUGAUGCAUCUCCAGUUGUGGCAGCAUCAUGGUGGUGGCAUGGAUGGUCCGAUCAAGACUACAAUCGUCUGGCAGGAGCUCUUAUUGCAGGGCAUCUGGUCGAGUGUUCAGCGUAUGUGACCGGCUCAAACUUCUCUGGGUUUCACAGAUUUGAUCUCGACACCUUCGUGGACGUGGGUUUUCCAAUUGUGGAAGUAACUGAAGAUGGAACAUGCAUCAUCACCAAGCAUGAAGGGACAAACGGAAUGGUGACGGAAGAUACGGUUCGCUGCCAGUUACUCUAUGAGAUCCAGGGGAGCUCUUACCUCAACAGCGACGUAAAGGCGAUCCUUGACGACGUGGAGGUGUAUGAAGUCGGGAAAGACCGAGUCAAAGUCAGUGGGGUUGUCGGUCGUCCACCUCCCCCGACUACGAAGCUCGCAAUCUUCUACGCUGGCGGCUUCGAGGCUCAAAUUUUGGUCAAUGCGGCUGGUUACGCUACCUCUAAAAAGUUUACUCUGUUUGAGAAGCAGAUCCGCAUUGCCUUGUCAAAAGCGAGCUUGUUGGAGUCUUUCACCGAACUUGAGUUUCAAGUAUCUCCUCGCUUUAGUAUUGGAAUGCCACAACCGAAUCCUGCCUCCCAACUACAAAGUACUACUUAUUGUCGGGUAUAUAUGCAGUCGAUGUCUAGGGAGCCGAUUGUUGCAUUGUCGCAAAUUUUUGACGACGAAAUAAUGCAGCAUUACUCAGGAUGGCACAUGUCAGCAGAUCUUAGAACAAUGGCACCAAAAUCAUUCUACGCAUAUUACCCUGCCAUUAUGUCGCAGGACGAUCUAGAUGAAGCCGCUCACCUCCUUGACCAGAAUGGGAGUAUCGCAGAUUCAUUCAGAAGUGGUCACCCUUCAAAAUAUGAAGUUUUGGAGAAACGUCCGAGCUACGAUAGUGCCAACCCAUUACCUCUCGAUUUGUUCGGACCUACAACUGCAAUGCGUCUUGGCAACCUCGUGUUAGGGCGAUCUGGCGACAAGGGCCCAAACAUCAACUGCGGUCUUUUCGUUCAUCAUCCUGAUACCUGGGAGUGGUUUCGCUCCUUUAUGACACUUAAUACAUUCACUGGUUUGAUCGGCGCCGAUUGGAAAGAUGACUAUCAUAUUGAACGUGUUGAGUUCCCAAAAAUCUACGCGGUUCAUUUCGUUAUAUAUGGAAUUUUGGGUCGUGGUGUGAGCAGUUCAAAACUGUUAGAUAACAGGGGAAAGGGAUUUGCAGAUUAUAUACGAGAUAAGCAUGUUUACAUACCAGAUAAAUUUCCGACCUGGAGCGAUGUCAACUGA